UUCAUUAGAGAACAUGUGAACAAUGGUGACUUAACACUUGAAUUUGUUAAAACUGAAAACCAGUUGGCUGACAUUUUUACCAAACCUUUAAAUGAAGAACGAUUUUGUUUAAUAAGACAUGGCAUAGGGAUGUAUGAUCCAACUUGUUGAACUUUAAUUAUUAAAGUCCAGUUUUAUUAGCCUUAAACCAAAAAAUAAAAUAAAAUAAUAACGGGUCCGAUGAUGUGCGUUUUUGAUUUGAACCUGUUUUUACGGGUUCAAAGCAAACUGCAAAUAAUGGUUUCAAAAAUUAAUAAUUAACCAUAAAUUAAAAAUGGGGGCCGGGCCUACUUUUCUUAACCCAAAUUCUCUUAAUCUUUCCUCCAAAUCCUCCUCCUCUGUACUCCGCGCAACCCUAGAUCUCAAAUUUUUCUUCUUGAAUCAUGCCGAGGAGGAAGACCUUAGUUCGCAAGAGUAGUAAGAAAGGAACCAGAUCUGAGUCAAUUCCUUCCAUCUCUCCUCAUCGGGUGUCUCCAGACUCUCCAGAGCUUUUUGAGGAAGUUUCGAUGGAACCUAUUACAGGUAUCUAUCUCAGGGACCCAAUAUCUGUUGAAGCUUUUACCAAAAUUUCUGCCAAGAAAAAAAUUUUAUCUGGACACUGUAUUUCUCCUGUCAUCUUGAAUGAUCAAAGCCUUAGGAUUAAGAGAUGGUUAGAGGGUAUGGGUUGGUUAGAGUUUGCUACCCUAAAUUGCAGAUCUUAUCCUAGGUUAGUUAAGGAGUUUUAUACAAACUAUAGAUAUUCUGAUUCAUCUGAUUCUACCUCUUAUGUCCGAGGUAAACACGUGGUUUUUGAUGCUGCUCAUAUCAAUGAAUUAUUUAAUCUUCCACAUGAUGAAAUCAGCCUGAGUUUUGACAAAUCCAAAAUGCCUGUAACUAAGAAAAUCGUGUUUGGAAGCUCUGUCAGUCCUACUGAAAAAAUUCAUCUUCAUCACUUUAGUGCUGACACCAGGCUAUUGUUGUGGUUUGUGACAAAAAUUCUCUGUCCUCGACAAGGUUCACAUGGUCGUUUUACCAAAGAGAAUCUUUAUAUGAUGGGUCUGAUUAUGCAAGGCAAUAAACUUAACUUGGGGGCACUAAUUAUUAGCCACAUGAGAAAGGCAAUGAAUUCUGGUGAAGAAUAUUUGCCUUAUGGUCACCUUCUUACCAACUUCUUUGAAAAAUGGGGAAUUGAUCUUUCCAAGGAACAAUCUGAAGAAAUCUCUGAAGAUGAAACUCUGACUGAAACUGCACUAAAAAGGAUGAAAUUUGAAAAGCAAGACGGUACUUGGGUAAGGAUUAGUGAUUCACCAGAAGUUGAAGGUUCGCUGGGUAAAGUCUUGGCCAACAUUGAUCUCUUGAGUAUCCAAAUUGAAGCUGAACUCAGCUCUAAAUUUGCUGCCUUUGAAGCUAAAAUGACUAAUCACUUUUCCAUGCUUGAAUCCUCCUUGAACAACAAGCUGAAUCAACUGGAAAAAUCUGUGGCCGCAUUGACUGAAUCCAACAAGAGGAAAUGUCCAUCAUAGUCACCUAGAUGCCAUGCUUUGUGCUUAUUUUGAUUUAUUAUGUUUAUCAUAAUUUCAGUAUUUUGUACUCUUACAAUUUCUGACUUUUGUGUACUGCUAUUUGUGUUUUUGAACUCUAUGCUAUGCUUUGUGCUACUGUGCACAUUCCUUUUUGCUAAUGACAAAAAGGGGGAGAGGAACUUAAAGAUGAAAAUUAUCUUUAUUUGUGCAAAUCCUGUUGAAUCUUGGAAGCAUAUUUUGAGGGGGAGCUUACACUUAUUAUCUUUAUUAUUUUAAGGCAUGGUUUUGUCAUCAUCAAAAAGGGGGAGAUUGUUAGGUUCUCUUUGUAUUUUGAUAAUGAUUUAAAACCAUAAGUCAAAAGAGUUUAAUCUAUUUUUGUGCUAAGUGUGCAGGAAAAUUAAUCCAAGGUUUCUAAUCUUUCCUCACGAUUAGAAUUAACUCAUGUUCUCCUUGUUCAGAGUUCUGGGUUCGAACCAAUUUAUUUUGGUUCGAAUCAAUCCCGAACUUUUGUUUUCCAAAAAUGGUUCGAACCAUCAUUUCUGGCUUCGAAGCAAAAAAUUUUGAAAGGGUAA